GUUAAACUCCAGGCCCUUCGUGCAAAAAAACAAAAAACAAAACGCCACUCCGACAACAAUCAACGCGAGAACUCUCUCUCUCUCUCUCAUCCUGCGCAAGAUUUCGGUAUAUACAUACGUAUACAGUAUACAGAUCGGCUGUAGAGAGAGAAGGAAGCGAGAGAAGCCAUGGGCGGUUCGUGGAGGAGGCGGAGCGGCUCUCCGAUCGUACUAGCAAUCAUCUUCAUCGGUUGUCUAUCUGCAAUUUCUAUUGCCAAAGAGGAAGCCGCGAAGUUGGGUACAGUCAUUGGGAUAGAUCUCGGAACAACCUAUUCAUGUGUCGGUGUUUACAAAAAUGGUCACGUGGAGAUCAUAGCAAAUGACCAAGGAAACCGUAUUACCCCAUCGUGGGUCGCAUUCAGUGAGAAUGAGAGACUGAUUGGUGAGGCUGCGAAGAACCAAGCUGCGGUCAAUCCCGAGAGGACCAUCUUCGAUGUCAAGAGACUCAUUGGAAGAAAGUUUGAGGACAAGGAGGUUCAAAGGGAUAUGAAGCUUGCACCUUACAAGAUUGUGAAUAAGGAUGGAAAGCCUUAUAUUCAAGUUCAGAUUAAAGAUGGAGAGACCAAGGUCUUCAGCCCUGAAGAAGUCAGUGCUAUGAUUUUAACUAAAAUGAAGGAGACAGCAGAAGCAUUCCUUGGAAAGAAAAUCAAGGAUGCUGUUGUCACUGUUCCUGCUUACUUCAAUGAUGCCCAAAGACAGGCCACCAAGGAUGCUGGUGUCAUCGCUGGGCUGAAUGUUGCUAGAAUUAUCAAUGAACCAACUGCUGCGGCCAUUGCCUAUGGAUUGGACAAGAAAGGUGGUGAGAAGAACAUCCUUGUAUUCGACCUUGGUGGUGGGACCUUUGAUGUUAGUAUCUUGACCAUUGAUAAUGGUGUUUUUGAGGUCCUUGCCACAAAUGGUGACACUCAUCUUGGAGGUGAGGAUUUUGAUCAGAGGAUAAUGGAGUAUUUCAUCAAAUUGAUCAAGAAAAAGCACGGAAAGGACAUUAGCAAGGACAACAGGGCUCUUGGGAAAUUGAGGAGAGAAUGUGAAAGGGCAAAGAGAGCCUUGAGCAGUCAGCACCAGGUCCGGGUGGAGAUUGAAUCUCUUUUUGAUGGUUCAGAUUUCUCCGAACCCUUGACCCGGGCUAGGUUCGAAGAAUUGAACAACGAUUUGUUCAGAAAGACCAUGGGACCUGUAAAGAAGGCUAUGGAAGACGCAGGGUUGGAGAAGAACAAGAUAGAUGAAAUCGUUCUUGUUGGUGGAAGUACUAGGAUUCCCAAAGUCCAACAGCUCCUCAAGGAUUACUUUGAUGGGAAGGAGCCCAACAAAGGUGUGAACCCUGACGAGGCUGUUGCUUUUGGUGCUGCUGUACAGGGAGGCAUAUUGAGUGGUGAAGGCGGUGAUGAGACCAAAGAUAUCCUUCUCUUGGAUGUGGCACCUCUCACCCUUGGAAUCGAAACAGUUGGUGGGGUGAUGACCAAGUUGAUUCCAAGGAACACUGUCAUUCCCACCAAGAAAUCACAAGUUUUCACCACUUACCAGGAUCAACAGACCACUGUCUCCAUUCAGGUUUUUGAAGGUGAAAGGAGUCUCACAAAGGAUAACAGAAACCUUGGUAAAUUUGAUCUGACCGGAGUUCCUCCAGCUCCAAGGGGUACCCCUCAAAUUGAAGUUACAUUUGAAGUGGACGCAAAUGGUAUCCUGAACGUCAAGGCUGAAGACAAGGGCACUGGUAAAUCAGAGAAGAUCACAAUCACCAACGACAAGGGCCGUUUGAGCCAAGAUGAGAUUGAUCGGAUGGUUAGGGAGGCAGAAGAGUUUGCAGAGGAAGAUAAGAAGGUGAAAGAGAGGAUUGACGCCCGUAACGGCUUGGAAACAUACAUCUAUAACAUGAAGAACCAAAUUAAUGACAAAGAUAAGCUUUCGGAAAAGCUCGAGUCUGAUGAGAAGGAGAAGAUUGAGACGGCCGUGAAGGAGGCACUUGAGUGGUUGGACGACAACCAGAGUGCUGAGAAAGAAGACUAUGACGAGAAGCUUAAAGAAGUGGAAGCCGUUUGUAACCCAAUCAUAACGUCUGUUUAUCAGAGAUCGGGUGGGGCCCCAGGUGCCGGUGCCGGAUCAGAGGACGAUGAUGACUCCCAUGAUGAACUGUAGGAACCGUCGGGGAUUUCAUUGACCACUGAGAGAGAGUGAGAGAGGGUAGCAAAUGAGGAUAUAGGAUAAUCGAGAAAGUCUUCCUAGUCUCUAAUUUUUGUUUGCAACAUGUCAAGGGGAGAGCUUUCCCUUCUUCUUCGCUUGGUUUUUUGUAGGUGAAGGAUACUUUCGAGGGAUGAUUCUUGUUUUUACCUGUACUUUGUGUUCCUCUCUUUGAUGUUGGAACUUUUAGGUGUCUGCUUAUGGAUCUCAAGUCUGUGAUACUUAACUAUUGAAAUGGCAGCAGAAUUGAGAGAAUA